GUCCAUUUCUUGUUAAUUAAAUAUAAUGUCACAAACACAAGAAUUUGAAAGUUCUUAUAAUGCUUCCAUAACACAUUGGACAUACCAAAGCUUCUUGUGGAAAGAAUCUCCGUCUACUUGUCCUUUAUAUUCAAACUCCAAACACAACUUUUUUUUCAAGAAGAAGAAAAAAAAAUGGGAAGCCAGAAAAUUUCACCACAAACAAACCAAAAAACACUUCAAGACUUUUUUUUUCAAGAAAAGCCACUUUUUCUAAUACCAUCUUCACCAAGUUCAUCAGGAAAUGAAGAACUUCUCUCAACUAUUUCUUACUGCACUUUUGUUUUCACAUUCACUGACCCAUCAGAAUCACCUGCACAAAGAGACUCAAAAAGACUCCAACUUUCAAGACUCAUUGCUAUGUUGAAAUCAUCCAAAAAACAAGUUCAUGAAAAAGUUUUAGACCCUUUAAUUUCAAUGAUUUCGGCCAAUCUUUUUAGACCACUUCCUCCACCUACAAAUCCUUCUCCUAUAUCAGAAUUUCUUGAUGAAGAAGACCCAAUUUCAAUUUUUUCACCUUUAUGGUCACAUUUACAAAUAGUUUAUGAAAUUCUAUUCAGACUUGUUAAUACCACAGAAACAAAAACACUUAAAAUAUAUAUGAAUCAUUCUUUUCUACUCAAUCUUCUAUCACUUUUUCAAUCAGAAGAUCCAAGGGAACGUGAGAGUUUGAAAAAUGUUUACCACAAGAUAUAUUCUAAGUUUGUUUCGGAACGAUCCGCGAUGAGGAAAUCGAUGACAGAUGUUUUGUUGAACUAUGUUUUUGAGACAGAGAAACAUUAUGGUAUAGCAGAGUUGCUUGAGAUAUGGGGAACUAUAGUGAAUGGAUUUAGUGUUCCAUUGAAGGAAGAACACAAGUUGUUUCUAAUGAGAGUGUUGAUUCCUUUACAUAAGACUAAAGGGAUGCAAGUUUAUCACAGGCAACUUGCUUAUUGUGUGUCACAGUUUGUGCAGAAAGAGCCUAUGCUUGGAGGUGUUGUUGUUAGGGGGAUUUUGAGGUAUUGGCCAGUUACAAAUUGUCAAAAGGAGAUUUUGUUGAUUGGAGAAUUGGAAGAUUUGGUUGAGAAUUUGGAUCCUGAUCAAUAUCGUAAGUUGGCUUUGCCUAUAUGUACUCAGAUUACAAAAUGUAUCAACAGUUGGAAUUCUCAGUGGUUUCAGGUAGCUGAGAGAGCACUGUAUGUAUGGAACAAUGAACAGUUCUACAAAAUGGCAACAACAGGAACAGGAGAAGUACUUCCAGUGAUAGUAGAAGGAGUGGAAAAGAAUCUAAAGUGGCAUUGGAGCAAGAGUGUUAGGCAACUAACAGAAAGUGUGAAGGUGGUUGUGGAAGAUAUUGAUCCUGAUCUAUAUGCAAAGGUUGUCAUAAACAUGGAAGCUAAAGAAUCAGUGGCACAUCAAGAAGAUAUGAAGAGACAAAAGAGAUGGGAAAGAAUUGAAUUGGCAGCUUCUAAGAAUCAGUUUGUCAAUUCACAAAGAUAUAUGUGUGUUUCACACUGAUCAACAUUCAUUUCAAUUUUAUGUAUGCAACAAAUUAAUAUGACUGCCAAUCCAAGUUAGAUAUCAUAAAUACUUUAUACAAGUAUUUAUGUCACAAAUUGAACAUCAAUUCAAAUAAAUUGUGAACAUGUUCUUCCAAUUUUCUGUGUCACAAAUAUUGAUACCUCAAACCGGAUAAACAAAUUUGACAACGAGCUAGUGAUCCACAAUUGACCCAUUGUAAGUUUGUAGUCUUCAUGGUAAGAACGGCGAUUUGUACUGCUGUUAUUUGUUUUUCUUAUGAUAUGUAUUGCUGUUUUUUUUACCUAUUAAGUGUUAUCAUACAGCGUGAUAUA